AUGACAACCAGUCACGAGCCUCAGGACAGGUACAAAGCCGUCUGGCUUAUCUUCUUCAUGCUGGGUCUGGGGACGCUGCUCCCGUGGAAUUUUUUCAUGACAGCCACUAGGUAUUUCACAAACCGCCUGGACGAGACCCAGAAUAUGUCCUUGGUCACUGCUGAAAACAGCAAGGACUUCCAGCCCUCAGCCACCCCCACAGUACCCUCCCCAGAGCGGAAUUAUCUCAGUGCCCUCUUCAACAAUGUCAUGACCUUAUGUGCCAUGUUGCCCUUGCUGUUUUUCACCUGCCUUAACUCUUUCCUGCAUCAGAGGAUCCCCCAGUCUGUUCGGAUCCUGGGCAGCCUGAUAGCCAUCCUGUUGGUGUUCUUGAUCACUGCUGUCCUGGUAAAGGUGCAUCUGGAUGCCCUGUCCUUCUUCGUCAUCACCAUGAUCAAGAUCAUGCUUAUUAACUCAUUCGGUGCCAUCCUGCAGGGCAGCCUGUUUGGUCUGGCUGGCCUGCUGCCCACCAGCUACACUGCCCCCAUCAUGAGUGGCCAGGGCCUGGCAGGCUUCUUCGCCUCGGUGGCCAUGAUCUGCGCCAUCGCCAGUGGCUCAGAGCUGUCAGAAAGUGCCUUUGGCUAUUUUAUCACGGCCUGUGGGGUUAUCGUUUUGGCCAUCAUCUGUUACCUAGGCCUGCCCCGACUGGAAUUCUACCGCUACUACCAGCAGCUCAAGCUUGAAGGGCCUGGAGAGCAGGAGACCAAGUUGGAUCUCAUUAGUAAAGGUCAGAAUAGCCCACAGAAGCUGGGGUGGAGGGUGGCCUGCCCUGGAGGGAGCAGCAUGGGCACAGAGGGCAAGAAUGAGUAUACUAUCUUAGUCCCGGCUCUCUCCGUCUGCUUCAUCUUCACGGUCACCAUUGGGAUGUUUCCCGCUGUGACUGCUGAGGUCCAAUCCAGCAUUGCGGGCAACAGUGCCUGGGGAGCCUACUUCAUUCCUGUGUCUUGUUUCUUGACUUUCAAUGUCUUCGACUGGCUGGGCCGGAGCCUCACAGCUAUAUUUACAUGGCCUGGGAAGGACAGCCACUGGCUGCCAAGCCUGGUGCUGGCCCGGAUAUUGUUUGUGCCCCUGCUGCUGCUGUGCAAUGUCCAGCCCCGCCGGUACCUGGCUGUAGUCUUCGAGCACGACGCCUGGUUCAUCAUCUUCAUGGCUGCCUUCGCCUUCUCCAAUGGCUACCUCGCCAGUCUCUGCAUGUGCUUCGGGCCCAAGAAAGUGAAGCCGGCUGAGGCAGAGACAGCUGGAGCCAUCAUGGCCUUCUUUCUGUCUCUGGGCUUGGCACUGGGGGCUGUCUUCUCCUUCCUGUUCCGGUCAAUUGUGUGA